GCAGCUUUAUUGUUUGUCAGUGCCAGCUGUUUGGUAGCUCUCAUCCAGUCUUGUUGUGUAACUUUGGUGAUCUAUAUUAAAUAUUGUUUAUAAUAUGUCUGCUUCAGCGGCGCGCAAUUCCCAUGGUCUCCUUAAACGUGCGUGGAACGAGAUUCCCGACAUUGUUGCUGGGUCGGUGUUAGCGCUCUUAGGAUUAGGACUGGCUACUGCGGGUGUUGCCGGAUAUUAUUCUAAGGACGGUGACAAUCGACGUUACAAAACGGGAUAUGUUGUAAUGCGACCCGACGAUCCACGUGCUGAAAAAGUUCGGAAAGAUUAAGUAGUUUACAUUGAAAGCUGAGUUAUUUUUUAAACCAAGAAAUGUUAGAAAAUAGCGAAAAUAAAGGUAACGAAAUUGUAAGACUCA